AGUCCGGGUUAUUUUGAUCGAUUCAGAUAAAGUUUAUUUAUAAAAAAAAAAACCAACUAAACAGAUAGCGCAGCACACGGUGGCAUCAUCAGCUAAUUUCAACGAAGGAUGCCUAACUAAACAGACGGCAACUUUGACACGGCAACUUUCACCAAACCCAAUAUCUCUAUGAUAUUCUUUCAAAUAAGAGUCUUACUGGUAACUUUAAGAGAUUUCAUUUAUUUUGAUAGCCAAGAUGAUUGUGGAGAAUGAUGCUGCCAUUGCUCGUGCUCUCCAAGAAGAACUUUCAAGGAUUGCUGCUGCAGAAGGAUCUGGGGUAAGUAACACUGAACAAGAAUUAAUUAUUACGCAGCACUGGCCUGGUAUGAUUGUGGAGAAUGAUGCUGUCAUUCCUCAUGUUCCUAAAACUAAUGGAGAAAUACCAUCGGAGGAUGAACAGAUGUCAGAUCAUCAAAGACUGCUAGAAAGGUUAAAGUUGUAUAAUCUUGUUGAGAAAGAAGUUCAAGGAGAUGGUAACUGUCAGUUUCGUUCUCUGUCAGAUCAACUCUAUGAUUCUCCUGAGCACCACGAAUUCGUGAGAGAACAAGUUGCUGAACAGCUCAAGUCUCAGCCGCAAAUGUACAGCAGCUAUGUUCCUAUGGCUUAUGACGACUAUCUGGAGAAAAUAAGCAGGAGUGGUGAGUGGGGUGAUCACGUUACUUUGCAGGCCGCUGCAGAUUUGUAUGGUAUCAAGAUAUUUAUGAUAACUUCAUUCAAGGAUACAUGCUGCAUCGAGAUCCUUCCAAAAGUUCUAAAGUCCAACAAUGGAGUAAUUUACUUGAGCUUUUGGGCGGAGGUGCACUACAAUCCUGUUCGUUGCAUGAGGUAAACAUUUGGAUCUUGUUUGUCAAAGCAAUGAAAGUUGAUCUAUGAUACUUCUUUGUAGGGUCUAUCUUUUUCUGGCGUCCAUCUGAUGCUGUCACGGUCUUCUAUAAAAGCAAUAUUUGAAAAACAUGAGACACCUGGUCACAAGCAUAGUUCCACUAUUGUAUAUAUGUCCAAUAUAGACUGUUGCUUAUUGGCGAUGAGCUUUUCAAUUAUCUUUUGAAAUUAA